ACGCUUCGCAACCCGGAAGUAACCUUAGCUUGUGUGAGGGUAGCGUAUUAGCGGGACGAAAUGUGAACAAAGGUAUAUUUAGUUAACGAGAAUUAUAUUUAUAUAGAUUUACUUUAAGUCUAGGAUAGAUUAUAAAAUAUUCUCUGAACGCGCGAGUCAUCUAACGGACACAGGAAGUUCAGGGCAGGAAGUUAAAGCUGCAGUUAAUUUGUCAGCAUAGCAAUGUUUAGCUAAAGCUCAGAGCUCAUGCUGUGAUCAUGGGAUUUUAUGAAGUGUAUUCUCACCCGGUUUUAAUCCGGUAUAAAGCCAGAGUGUGUUCCCGGGCUAGUGUGUUUGUGCUGGUGGUGUAUCUGCUCACUUACAUCCCUCCUCUACUCAUCACCUACAGGAGCCAAGGGUUCUGGCUGAAACAGAGCUCCUAUGAAGAGCAGCCUGUGGUACAGUUCCAGUAUGAGAUGCUGAUGAUGGGUGUGACGAGUGUUAGUGGAGAAUACGUCGCAUGGAGCACCUUCUCCAACUUCAACGCCCUGCUGGGGGACAAACUGCGCAUUCCCACUGUGUCUGUGCAAGAGAGCGACAGGAAUGGCGAUGGGAAAGCAGACCGUCUGUCUCUGCAGAUGUCUGUCCCUCUGACCAGUGAAGAGCAGAUCUACAGCAUCCAACUCCUGCUCACCUUCUCCUACCAACUCCGCCGGAUGUCGGUGGUGGUGAUGCAGUCGAUGGUGUUGGUCCAGGCCUCGUCCCCUGUCCCUGUGUCUCAGCUCUUCAUCAGUGGCGAUCUGAAGCUGCAGCAGAAGGAGCCUCUCUCUCACCGCGGUGUACACACUCACUAUAACGUGUCUGUGAUCAACUUGGCGAGUCCUUUCGCAAGCUCCUACGACCUCAGCACCAUCAUCAGGAACUAUCAGGAGAGAAACUUAACCACGUAUCUGUCGUGUCCUGUCCCAGUGUGGACCGUCGGUCGAGCAGCGAAUGCUCCAUUUGAGAUUAAAGCAGAAAUCCGUUACCCAGUGGAGACAGUGACGUAUCGGCCGGGUUUCUGGGAGACGCUGAAGUUUGCCUGGGUUCAGUACGUCAGCGUGUUGCUCAUCUUCCUCUGGAUCUUCCAGCGCAUCCAAACCUUCGUCUUCCACAACCGUGUCCUGCCCACUGUACCUGUCUCACUGCACAAGCCUCACUACUCCUAACCUGUUUGUGUGUUGUUUGAAUGUGAAUGAUGUGUAUAGUUUUAUAAAUUAGCAUCUCUGUAGUUUUAUAAACAAGUGUAUAAUCAUUUUUGUACCUCAGUCAAUAAACAUGUUUGUUCAGA